GGCCCCUGUAGCUGCAGCUCCCCAACCUCUUGUCACUCUUUUCUUCUUCGCUUCUCUCAACCUAUUCAACGGUACUAAUACAGACGGAAAACCCCAAAAGUCCCCUGCCAACGUACCUCUUCUUUCCUUUGCAUCCUUCUUCAAGACCGCUUCUACUUCGACCAUUGCCUGAUUCUCCUCUACCGUGACCUAUACUUGAUACACACGCGGCUCUUGUUACUGCAAAUACCCACACGAACACACUCAGGGGACAUCUACUCGAUCCGAACUUCAACACCUUUGUCUUACACCACCUGAAACGAGCAGCAAGAACCUCGAAAUACGAACGAUUCCCGCCUCAGACUCUCUUCUAGUCUUCUCUCAGCUUCAACCUUACUUCCGUCGCAAACAUGGGCCAGAGUCUCUUCGACCGCAUCCAGGCUAAGCUGGAGCUCUUCCGCCUUGAGAAACGCUACACCCGUCGCCGCAACCGUCGCUCAACCUUCGUCUCCAAUGCCGUCUAUGUGGACGGCGAGUACGUCUACCAAACUCCCAACAGCACCGGCUCCUCCUCAGAGUCCAACGCAUCCCGCAGCGACGCCCUACACGGCGACCGCGCAUCGCCCACUCCCAGAUUUCCCCUGCCCUCCAUGUCGACUGAACCCACGACUCCUACCAUGGAGACACUGCCUGAGCGCAAGAAGUUGAACCGCUUCAGCUCAAUGCCUGGCUUUGGAUCACGAUCAGAGGAGCAGAGAACAGUUCAGCGCCGAACCAGCAUGAUUCGAUAAAGUGUUUCCAAGUCAACAGAAACAAGAAUCAAAUUACAUAAAAAAAAAAGACAAUCAUUUCAUUUUGGAUGGUGUACGGUUCAAAUUACCAGACGACAAGGGCGGAAGAUACCAUUUGGGAGGCCUUUGGUUACGUUAUCCCAUGGCAACCCUACGCAUACCUAGGAUUGUACCGCAUGUCGUUUUGACGAAUAUCACUUGCAUAUCAUCAGAGUAUAUGUUUUUUAUUUCACACUCGUUCUAACAUUCUAGAAUUACACCCGCUCUGUUCACUGUCUGGAUAUGAGUUUUGGUGCCCGGACAGAUUUCACUGGAUACGCUUCAUCGCCGGCUUAAAGCAUCCUCAUACAUUUUUCUUACUAUUUCUUUAUUUCUCUUUAUUAUACGGAGCUGGGCGCAGAAUAUGACAUGUCUGCUAUGGCGGUUGAGCUGAACAUAUUUCCUCAAUACGGUCUUGUAUAUAGAUGCUAAAAGAAUUGAUGAAAAUUUUUCGAAA